AUGGCUGUCAGGGCGCUUCUUGGACCUUCGCUACGCUUGAACAGAUUAUCAACUGGACUGUGGAACGAGAAACAAGCCGCCAACAAGAUAGCUGUUUUGAUCAAUGUGGAAAGUCAAAGACGAGAUGCGCAUCGAUGGUUUCCAGUGGAGUCCGAUUGGGAGUACGUGCGACAAAGAGAGAAAACCACCAAAGUGAUGGCACCUGACAACUUGUGGCCUUUUAUAAAAGCGGAGAAGGAAAACCCAUUCUUGAUCGAACAGAAACCUCCCCCGACGUCGGAAUUGCGAAACGUAAUGAUCAACUUUGGCCCUCAGCAUCCAGCUGCGCACGGAGUAUUACGACUGUUACUUGAAUUGGACGCCGAGUAUGUAAUACGCGCAGAUCCCCACAUAGGUCUGUUGCACCGAGGCACGGAGAAGUUGAUCGAGUACAAGACGUACAUGCAAGCUUUGCCCUACUUUGAUCGUUUGGACUAUGUCUCCAUGAUGUGCAACGAACAGUGUUUCUCCAUUGCUAUCGAGAAAUUGUUGAACAUAGAAGUGCCCUUACGAGCAAAAUAUAUCAGAACUUUAUUCGCCGAGAUCACAAGAAUCCUGAACCAUCUGAUGAACAUUGGGACGCAUGCCCUCGACAUAGGAGCUAUGACACCAUUUUUCUGGCUGUUCGAAGAACGCGAGAAGCUGAUGGAAUUUUACGAACGCGUGAGCGGCGCUCGCAUGCACGCGGCUUACGUUCGUCCGGGCGGUGUUUCUUUGGACAUGCCGUUGGGUUUGAUGGACGACAUAUACCACUGGGCCUCGCACUUUGCCGAACGAUUGGACGAAGUGGAGGACAUGUUGACGGAAAACAGAAUAUGGGUGGGACGUACGAAAGACAUUGGAAUAGUAACGAUACAGCAAGCGUACGAUUGGGGUUUCAGCGGCGUGAUGUUGAGGGGCUCCGGAAUAAAGUGGGAUCUGAGGAAGGAACAGCCUUACGACGCGUACGAUUUGGUCGAAUUUGACGUCCCGAUCGGUGAAAAAGGCGAUUGUUACGAUCGGUAUCUGUGCCGUAUGGAGGAGAUGCGUCAGUCGUUGCGAAUCAUUUAUCAGUGCUUGAACCAAAUGCCAGAGGGCGAGGUAAGGGUCGACGAUGCGAAAAUCGUGCCGCCUCGAAGGGAGGAGAUGAAAACCAGCAUGGAAGCGUUGAUACACCACUUCAAGCUGUACACGCAGGGAUUCCAAGUACCACCGGGAGCCACGUUCACCGCGAUCGAGGCGCCGAAAGGAGAAUUUGCCGUCUAUCUGGUUAGCGAUGGUAGCAGCAGACCUUACAGAUGCAAAAUCAAAGCACCGGGAUUCCCUCAUUUGUCAGCUUUGCGCCACAUGGGUCCGCGGUGCUUCCUCGCCGAUGUUGUAGCAAUUAUCGGUACUUUGGACGUGGUAUUCGGUGAAAUCGAUAGAUAA